ACUCUUCUAUCACUUCGGUAACCUCAAAGGUCCCCUGAAGUCUGUUGCGGAGUGUUUGGCUGAGGGGUUUUAACUUAUUUAUGAACUUCUGUGCCCUCACGUUAAAAUGAGAAUAUUACAAUUCCUCCGUAAUAAGACUAGUUCUUUUCUGAAGGACUACUCGAACUUGCCUGAGAGCUAUGUGAAAAGGAGUAAGGAGCAGGUCUUCUGGAAAACGCCACGAGGUCUACCUAAUUACCUCCCCCGAACUGUAGAGCGAAAAAAAUUCCGAUACACCACAAACCGCCCGUGGACAGGACAGUUCCGCCAACAGAAUAUGCCGGGGACGUAUAGGAAGAAAGUAUUCGUUGAGCCUAUUCCGGAGUGGAACAUAUUUCGCGGAGAUCGUGUCGAGGUCCUAAUCGGUAAAGACAAGGGGAGACAAGGCAUCGUCAAGUCAGUCAUCACUGAGAGAAAUUGGGUCAUAGUUGACGGGCUCAAUUGCCAUUAUCGGAAAGUCGGUAAAGACAAAGAUUACCCGGGGAUUAUUAUAAAAUCCGAGGCUCCACUAGUGAUAAAUGAGCAGGUUGCCCUAGUGGACCCUUCUGAUUUGCAAGCAACAGAGAUGGAGUGGCGGUUUACCGAGGAAGGAGAAAAAGUUCGAGUCUCAGUAAGAACCGGCAGAAUUAUUCCGAUUCCGCAAGCGAAUGAAGAGACCUACGAUUACAAGACGAAAGGUACCUACGUCGAAAAGCCGAAAGAUACUCCUGGAAGUGUUGUGAGCGAAGUAACAUUCAAGCCAUCGUUGCGCACUUUCGAGAUGGAAAUAAUGGACGAAAUGGGUAUACAAGAAGACCGGAUACCGAAGAAAACUUAUUGGUAUUAGGAUUAAUUGUAAAUAGGUUGUAAUAAAUAUAUUUUGCUGUUAAGUCUGUGUA